UCACCCGGAAGCGGCGGCAGAACCCGGAAGCGGCGGCGGGCAGGAUGGACGACACGCUCUUCCAGCUGAAGUUCACUGCCAAGCAGCUGGAGAAGCUCUCCAAGAAAGCUGAGAAGGACUCCAAGGCCGAGCAGGCCAAAGUCAAAAAGGCCCUGCAGCAGAAGAACGUGGAGUGUGCCCGUGUCUAUGCCGAGAACGCCAUCCGCAAGCGCAACGAGGGGCUGAACUGGCUGCGCAUGGCGUCGCGCGUGGACGCCGUGGCCUCCAAGGUGCAGACGGCCGUCACCAUGAAGGGGGUGACGAAGAACAUGGCCCAGGUGACCAAGGCCCUGGACAAGGCCCUGAGCUCCAUGGACCUGCAGAAGGUGUCGGCGGUGAUGGACAAAUUCGAGCAGCAAGUGCAGAACCUGGAUGUGCACACGUCGGUCAUGGAGGACUCCAUGAGCUCGGCCACCACGCUGAGCACGCCGCAGGAGCAGGUGGACAGCCUGAUCGUGCAGAUCGCCGAGGAGAACGGGCUGGAGAUCAUGGACCAGCUGAGCCAGCUGCCCGAGGGCGCCUCGGCCCUGGGGGAGAGCUCUGUGCGCUCCCAGGAGGACCAGCUGUCCCGCAGGCUGGCUGCCCUGAGGAACUGAGCUCUCCCUGGGGCUGUGGAUGGCACUGCUGGAGCAGGACCCCCUCCUGCAGCCCCCCUGCCUCUGGACUGUUCUGGGGGGUGACAGCCCUUCCCUGAGCCUGCUGUGAUCCCGGUGGGGAUGUGGGAAUGCUGUGCUGGAUUCUGGGGGGCUUUGUCUGGGGGUGCUGCUGCUGGCAGGGCCCCACGCCCUGUCUGAGGGGAGCACUGAGGGGAUUGAUUGAUCUCCCUGCUUAGGGAUGCUGCUCCCCAACCCCUCUGGCGUUCCCUGCCCAGGGCUGAGCGGGGGGCUGAGCUCCUCAGGGGCUGCUCGGGAGGAGCAGGAGAGCCUGCAGGGGUCCCCAAACCCGGCCGGGGCUGGGCAGCUCGGUGCCUUGCAGGAAGGGCGGUGCCAGCGGGUGUCCCCUCCCUCGCUGUCCCCAGCCGGGUGUCCCCUCCCUCGCUGUCCCCUGCCCUGUGCUGCUCCGUGCCCCCCGGCCACAGCCCAGCCCGUACCACGAAGUGCCCUUUGGAGCGCCCUCCCUGCCCAGCCCCGUGCGUGUCGAUGCCCACAUUCCCCGGGCACUGCCAGCUGGAAAUGGUUAUCCCGGCCCUGCCUGCACGGUGAGGAGCCAUGGCCAGCGCUGGGGGCUGUGGGGGCCGCAGACACGUCCCCAAAUGUGCCCCUGCUGGGUGGGUGUGACAGGGAGCGCAGAACCAUCCCGGGACAGCUCUGCUCCAUCCUUGUGCCUCGUCCCUCUGUCCCCUCGCUGCUGGCACCGGGCUGGGGCUGCUCUCUCUCCGUGUCCCCUCCCGCU